AUGGGCUCUCUCCCACCAUCGAGGCGUUUCAAAGCCGCCUCUGUUGCCAUCCUCGGAGCUGGCUCAAGUGGCAUCGCAGCGGCGAAGUAUCUCCUGGCUGAGAAUGCGUUCUCUCGUAUUGUGAUCUUCGAACAACGUCCUACUGUUGGAGGGCUGUGGAUUCAUUCCCCAUGUGAGGAUGCUUCUGGAGAGAUCACCAUCCCGCAGACAAGCCCGCACGCCGGUUUGCAGAAGCCAAUAUGGGCAGAUGAAGCUGCAGAAAAUCCAACUUUCAUAUCGCCCGUCUACGACAGAUUAGAAACGAACAUCCCUCGAGGUCUGAUGGCCUUUUCGGACCAGUCUUGGCCCGAAGACACCCAGCUCUUCCCCAAACAUACCCAAGUCCUCUCCUACCUUCAGAAACAUAGCCAACAAGUCCAACAUCUCAUCCAUUUUAACACUCAAGUGCAAUCAGUCCGCCAGACCUCCACGGGAAAUUGGACCGUGACUACCAAAAGAAUAUCAAAAAUUUCUCCAUCUCCACCCGAGGAAGAGACAUUCGACGCAGUAGUGAUUGGAAACGGUCACUACGAUGUUCCAAAGCUACCUGAUGUCCCCGGUAUCGAAGCCUUCAACACCGCUUUUCCCGGUGUGAUAACCCAUUCGAAGUUCUACCGCGUCCCCGAAACAUACACUGGCAAGAAGGUCAUCAUAGUGGGGAAUUCCGCCUCAGGGAUCGACAUCGGCUCUCAAAUAGCGACAGUCUGCGCCCUGCCACUUCUUCAAUCCCAGAAAUCCGAAUCAUACCUGAAAGUCGGAGAGUCCUCCCCAUCUAUCGUCGAGAAGCCGGAGAUAGUCGAAUACAUCCUCACAAACCGCAGCGUACGCUUCGCAGAUGGUAGUAUUGAAAGCGAUGUGGAUGCUAUAGUCUAUUGUACGGGAUACUUCUAUUCCUUCCCUUUCCUGGACGAGUUGAACCCACCAGUCAUAACAACUGGAGAGAGAGUUGAGAAUACAUACCAGCACAUCUUUUACCGUCCUAAUCCGAGUCUGGCUUUCUUGGCUUUGAACCAGAAAGUCAUUCCUUUUCCUUGGGCAGAAGCGCAGGCUGCGGUGAUCGCGAGGGUCUUCUCGGGACGCUUGGCACUGCCUGACGAAGAUGAGAUGAAGCGUUGGGAGGACAGCCUCGUGGCAGAGAUGGGAACCGGGACUGCAUUCCAUGUGUUGAAAUUUCCGAAAGAUGCAGCUUCCAUCAACAUGAUGCAUGACUGGGCGAUGAGUGCUGAUGGAGAGGGCGGAAAGGCACCCGUGCUGUGGGGCGAAGAGCAAUGGUGGGUGCGGGAGAGGUUUCCAAAUAUCAAAAAAGCAUUUGCAGAGCUUGGGGAAGGGCGACAUCAGGCCAGGACGCUGGAGGAUGUCGGGUUCAAGUUCGAGGGGAGGGAGUAG